AGCGGAAGGCGCGCGAUGCGGCCGGCGGGAGCCGCGGCCGGCUUGGGGUCGCCGGCGCGGGACCUGUCGCUGUGCGGGGAGCUGCCGCAGGCCCCGCCGCCCCUGACCUCGUCGCCGCCGACGGCCGCGCCCUCUGGGCCGCCGCUCCCCGCGGCAGCCGGCGCGACCCUCAGCCGCCUUCCGGAGCCGCUGCUGCGGAGGCUCAGCGGGAGUUUGGACCGAGCGCCCGAGGGCCGGGGAUGGCGGAGACUGGCCGAGGUGGCGGGGAGUCGGGGGCGCCUCCGGCUCAGUUGUCUCGACUUGGAGCAGUGCUCUCUCAAGGUCCUGGAGCCCGAAGGCAGCCCCAGCCUGUGUUUGCUGAAGCUGCUGGCUGAGAAGGGCUGCACGGUCGUGGAGCUGAGCGACUUCCUGCAGGCCAUGGAGCACACCGAGGUCCUUCAGCUCCUCAGCCCCCCAGGAAUAAAGAUCACUGUAAACCCCGAAUCCAAGGCAGUCUUGGCGGGACAGUUUGUGAAGCUGUGUUGCCGGGCAACUGGACAUCCCUUUGUACAAUAUCAAUGGUUCAAAAUGAAUAAAGAGAUUCCAAAUGGAAAUGCAUCUGAACUUGUUUUUAACACAGUGCAUGUAAAAGAUGCAGGCUUUUAUGUCUGUCGAGUUAAUAAUAAUUUCACCUUUGAAUUUAGCCAGUGGUCACAGCUGGAUGUUUGCGAUGUCACAGAAGUAACAGAAAGCUUCCGGAGCAGUUGGGAUGGCAUCUCUGAAUCCAAGUUGCAAAUCUGUGUUGAACCAAAGUCCCAAAAACUGAUGCCUGGCAGCACGUUGAUCUUACAGUGUGUGGCUGUCGGAAGCCCCAUUCCUCAGUACCAGUGGUUCAAGAAUGAAUCCCGAUUAACACACGAGACAAAAAAGCUAUACAUGGUACCUUAUGUGGAUUUGGAGCAUCAAGGAACCUACUGGUGUCGUGUAUAUAAUGAUCGAGAGAGUCAAGACAGCAAGAAAGCAGACGUCAUCGUAGGAAGAACAGAUGAGGCAGUGGAAUGCACUGAAGAUGAAUUAACUAAUCUCGGGCAUCCUGAUAAUCAGGAGCAUACAGUUGACCAGCCUUUGGCAAAAGACAAGGUUGCUCUCUUGAUAGGAAAUAUGAAUUAUUGGGAGCAUCCCAAGCUUAAAGCUCCUUUGGUGGAUGUGUAUGAACUGACCAACUUGUUAAGACAGCUAGAUUUCAAAGUCGUUUCACUGUUGGAUCUUACUGAAUAUGAGAUGCGUAACGCCGUGGAUGAAUUUUUACUGCUUUUAGACAAAGGAGUCUAUGGGCUGUUGUAUUACGCAGGACAUGGAUAUGAGAACUUCGGGAACAGCUUUAUGGUCCCUGUGGAUGCUCCAAAUCCAUAUAGGUCUGAAAACUGUCUGUGUGUACAGAAUAUCCUGAAACUGAUGCAAGAAAAGGAGACCGGACUCAACGUGUUCCUGCUGGACAUGUGCAGGAAGAGAAAUGACUAUGACGAUACCAUCCCAAUCCUGGACGCCCUGAGAGUCACCGCCAAUAUCGUCUUUGGAUAUGCCACGUGUCAAGGAGCAGAAGCUUUUGAAAUACAGCAUUCUGGGUUAGCAAAUGGAAUCUUCAUGAAGUUUUUAAAGGAUAGGUUAUUAGAAGAAAAGAAAAUUACUGUGUUACUGGAUGAAGUUGCAGAAGAUAUGGGUAAAUGUCACCUUACCAAAGGCAAGCAGGCGCUAGAGAUUCGAAGUAGCUUAUCUGAAAAGAGAGCCCUUACGGACCCAAUCCAGGGAACAGCACAUUCCGCAGAGUCUCUGGUGCGAAACCUCCAGUGGGCCAAGGCGCACGAGCUUCCAGAAAGCAUGUGUCUUAAAUUUCAGUGUGGUGUUCAGAUUCAACUGGGAUUUGCAGCCGAGUUUUCUAACGUCAUGAUAAUCUAUACGAGUAUAGUGCACAAACCGCCUGAUAUAUUAAUGUGCGAUGCCUAUGUUACCGACUUUCCACUUGACCUAGAUAUUGAUCCCAAAGAUGCAAAUAAAGGGACCCCCGAAGAGACUGGCAGCUAUUUAGUAUCAAAGGAGCUUCCCAAGCACUGCCUGUACACGAGACUCAGCUCACUGCAGAAAUUAAAGGAACAUCUGGUCUUCACGGUCUGCCUGUCGUAUCAGUACUCGGGACUGGAAGACACCGUAGAGGAAAAGCGGGAGGUGAAUGUUGGAAAGCCGCUCAUCGCGAAACUCGACAUCCACCGGGGCUCGGGGAGCAAGACGCGCUUCCAGACGUGCGUCAUGUGUGACGGCCCCUACCGCGGCCCUGCCGCCGGCCCCGCGGGGGCGGCCCGCUACCGCCCGCCCCGCGGCUCCUUCUCCGGCGCUUACCACUCGCACCUCAGCGGCUCGAGCAGCGUGCUGCCGUCAGACGGCUGUCGCUGCAGCCGGACUGCGGACGCCUUCAUUUCAAGCCAUCACAGCCACCAUUACUCGUGUCAGUUUGGCAGAAGCAACGUGCCAGUAGAGACGACUGAUGAAAUGCCGUUCACUUUCUCUGAUGGUCUUAGAAUUUCUGAAAAGUGACUUCUUUGUUCUUGAAAGUUCUCGUAAUUAAUAGCUGUCUCAUCCAACAGUACUUACAUAAAGUGAGAUAUUAGGGGAAAGCAAAUAGAUAUACAUGUAGCAAGACAAAAUUAGUUGACAGGCAUUUCAUGGCAAACUCAGGACUUUGAGAUGUUGGAAUUAUUUAACUACAGACCUCCUCUUAAGAUUUUGUGGAUGGGUUGAUUUGUUCUAUAAGUAUGAAGUAUGGGCGUGUAUAUGUUUGUGUACAUAACAGUGUUUUCAUCUUGACCACUCUGAAGUAAGAACAGUGGGAACGGCAUUACUGUAGGAUAAGUCAGUGUAUUUCUCGAACCAGGACAAGGACCUUGGUGAUCAUCAGGCUUAACCUAAUUUUUGUCAGUGGGAGAAACAGACUGAGGCAUCUUAUUUAAGUUAGAGCUGAGAUCUCCAGGUUUCUAUUGCCGUGUUUAUUCCACUACACAUUGCCUUCCUGACAGGUUCUGAGACAGGUAUGAUUUCUGUAGAUAGACUUAAAGACAUGUAAAUAAGAAUGUCUGUGUAUAAUCUAGAAGCACAUGAACUUUAGCUUGUGAUUAUAGGACUUUGCUACAAAUACUAGUUAAGUUUGUGUAUAAAUCUUUGUAGAACAGGCUGCAAUGUCUUAUUUCUUAAUUCAUAAGGUCAUGAAAGCACAGGAGAAGUAAUGAAAUGUUUGUCUGUGGUAAAGCUUUAGGCAGCAGGAUAAUAUUGCUACUGGAUAAUUUGGUAGCUGUUUACCUGAAUCUUACAAACCCUGGACCUGACUUCCUUGAUAACAUGUAUUUUCUCAUUGAAUUUUACUGGUGUUAGGAGAUAAUCACCUUUGGUUCUACAAAAAGGAAGUUUAAAAAGCAGCUGGCAGUAAAAAUAAAAGGUUGAAUUAGUAAUUUUAAGACAUCCCCAAAGAAAAUUACAGGCCUAGAUGUCUUCACUGCUCUAUUCUACAGACAUUUAAAGAAGGAGCACCAAUCCUUUGUAAACUUCCAAAAGUAGAAGAGGAGGGAAGACUCUUUGCGACGCCAUGGACAGCAGCACACCAGGCUUCCCUGUCCUUCACCAUCUCCCGGAGUUUGUUCAAACUCAUGUCCAUUGAGUCGGUGAUGCCAUCCAACAAUCUUGUCCUCUGUCAUCCCCUUCUCCUCCUGCCUUCAAUCUUUCCCAUCAUCAGGAUCCUUUCCAAUGAGUUGGCUGUUUGCAUCAGGUGGCCAGCAUAUUGGAGCUUCAGCUUCAACAUGAGUCCUUCCAAAGAAUGUUAGAAGUUUAUUUCCUUUAGGAUUCACUGGUUUGAUCUCCUUGCUGUCCAAGGGACUCUCAAGAGUCUUCUCCAACAUAACAGUUCAAAAGCAUAUUGUAAUACAAAACCAGAAACGUCACAGGAAAACUGUAGGGCAAUAGCUAUUAUGACUAUAGACACAAAAUCAUCAAAGUACUAGCAAACUAAGUCUAGCAACGUAUAAAAAGGGUCACACACCAUGAGCAAGUGAGAUUUAUCCCAGGAAUGCAGAUUGAUUUAACAAGUCAUAUAUAAGUUAUAUUGUUAUUCACAGUAGUAAUAUUCUACAGUGUUGCUAUGAAUACUAAAUUAGUGAAUACAGAGGACUGCUCCUAGGGGGAGUGUGUGUGUUUUACACAUAUACAUAUCUCAAAUAGACUAUAACCUUAACUCCUAAAAACAAUUUGUCCUGGUAGAUUUGUUUUGCUGUAUUAAAAAAACGAGGUUCAGAAGUAUUAAGUGACUUGGCUGAGGCCCCCCAGCUAACGGGCCGGUGUCGGGAUCCAGACCCACCCGGCGGGCCCCAGAGGCAGAGCUCACCCUGCACUGCCUUCCCCUGCCUUCAGAGGUCACGUCUGCAGGAGAGCUGAAGCAAGAAGGCAGGGCACUGUCUCAUUUCUCCUCAGCUGAGAACACGCACAUCGGGGAGAUCAGCGCACCACCAGUCUGCACACGUCCGUGAAUGGUCAUCAACGGGCUGCAAGUAUUGAUUUGGGGAUUAUAAACAAACCAUAAGUAAGUAAACUGGCAGAUUCACACAGAAUCGUGAGUGAGGAUCCUGUUCAUAAAGAGAAAAGCUACCAUUAACAUAUUUUGUUUAACUUUUUUAUCUUGUAUUGGGGUAUAGCCGAUUAACAAUGAAUUAAAACUGGAUUUUACA